CCUUGUUGCACUUACGCUGCGAGCCGUUGACUCACUUGUAGAUUUAGACGUGCAUCCCACUACGCCUACCUGCGUUCGAUCCCAACCGAUCAGCAUCGAGCACCCAUGGAUCAAAUCUCAUGUGCUCUACCCAUGGGCAAGACCACCAACAACCAAAUACCUGUCUCUCCAUGCUGAUCAUCCCGUGCUGCUACCUCCGCAACAGUGUUUUGUUUGUUAUCAUUUCAACUUAGUUGUGGGGAUCAAGUUAAGACAAUUUACCAGCCAUUCUCUUUGGGCGACAAACUAUCGUAGCUGAGAAUUGUGCGAAAAUCCAGAGAAUAUUCUUUCUGCGGAUUUCGGAGUUGCUAGUAGUUUUAGGUUUUAGAGAGGACUCCCGUUUCUUUGGUUCGGUCUCCGACCCUUGUUCAUUCUCCGAGGACCAGGAGUAUUUAUCACCCUAAAAUUUCAGUCCUAUUGGGAUUGUAUUUUCCCUCUGACCAUUGAUCCACAACAAACCAAACAAACAAGUCGACAAACGAAGAAAUCAUGGUCUCCGAACGAAAGCCACCCAUAAUGGUCAAUGCCGGUCAACCACCUGGUUCCAAGAGACACAAGCCCGAUGGAAUGCCUCCAGAUGGAAUGCCGCCAGGCCAUGGACCGAUGCCACCACAACGAUAUCCACAACAAGGAUACGGGGGGCACUACAUGGGAUGGCAAGGGCAGUAUGGGCCACCACCGCCUCAUGGUUGGCAAGGUGGUCCUGGGCAGCCAAUGUACCCACAACGAGGAGGACCCAUGACACCAGAACGACCUGGACAAUGGAGUGGAUACAGAAGUCCACAUCCCCCUCAUCAACCUCCACCGCCCCCACCAGGCGGAAAGGGACAACCACCACCGGCCCGAGGACGAGGACCUAUGAAACCAGGCAGCAAAGCACCGAAAGCGGGUGAAGCUGGACCAAUGCCGGGACAACCUUACGGAGCUGGAUGGAGCGGUGCUCCUCAAUGGGGUGGUCCGCAGUGGGGAAAUCAUCCGCCACCUCCGGGGCAAUGGCAUGGAGGCCAUCCACCACCCAUGCAUCAACAGUACGGUGGAUGGGCAAGUGCUUCACAAACGCCUCCUCGUCGACCGAGGGCAUCUCCGGAUAUGAUGAAUCGCGGAAUGAUGGGACCUGCUGCAUACCCACCACCAGGGACACCAGUAUGCCCCCCUGCAGGGCUGGAUGCACCCGCGCCGGAUUCUGACAUGUAUCACGGCUCUCGUGGACUUCUCGAUGAUGCUUCGCAAUCUUCUGCUGGUGGCAAGCAUUCAGACAAGGACAAGGGGCGUGGGAGCUACAAGUGUGGUAGGUGUGGAGUGCCCAAGAAGGGCCAUGUCUGUCCCUACCAGCCCAAGGUUAAACGGCGCUCGGGAGAGCCAGCCCCAGAAAUGAAGAGUGCUGCCAUUCAAGUUGAAAUGGACGAGUUUAUGACAUUGCGACGACUGAAUAUCCGUAUUCAGGGAUUCCCAGAAUCUUAUGCCACGGAUCCAGCAGGCAUGGCGGAUAUGGUUAUUGGUGAAGCACGUCCGUUAACAGUGGCGUCCACCCUUCCUAGGCCGGGGAUGCUGUCCACGCCGGAGGGGCCCAUGAUGGGUGGUCCAGAGGCUCCUAGGUCUUCGCCGCAUCCGGGUGGACCUGGACCCGCUCCUUUGGCCGAACCGGCCAAAGUAUAGACAGCGGCGGAGUUCGGCAAUCGUUCCAUAGAAAGGUGGCAGGAAAGCUGCUUGCCUGCUACCAUUAGCUACCUCAAAGAUUUAUGAUGAUACAACAUAUUAACAAUCCUUUUUGAGGUU